AUGGUGUCCAUGGGGUUUACAAGCUUGGUAGUCUGUCUUCUCUUUGUUUUGCAUGGCCUAAGGAGCUCUUCUGCUCAUAGUCAUCAAGGGAGAGGAAGAAGUAUGAAUGAGCUAACUGCUAACAUAGAAGAUGUUGCACCGACUCAAAAGGAACUUACUAAUCGAGCUCUCCUUGCUGGUGCUGCAAAAAAGGGGCUUGUUGGUGGAAGGAAAAUGGUGGAAGAUAAAGAGUUGAGGAAAAAGAUUGAGAAAGAGGAAGAGCUAAAUGGGAAAACAUCAAAGAUUUCAGGUGAUUCUGCCAGAACAUGUUAUGAUCUUGAGGAAAAAGGGGACUUGAGUUCGAAAUGUAUAAGUGUGGAUGGAUUUGUAGCUUUAAGUGGAAAGGAUAAGAAUGCUUCAAAGGAUUCUCUUGGAGGACCAGAAGGUCUCUUGAACACUCAGAUUAAACCUGUCCAAUCAAACACCAAACCUCAACAACCUCUUGGUUCCAAGGCAGUUUCAAAGAAAGCCCACCUGGGCACGUCUUCAAAAUCAAGCAAAACAGUGACUUCUGAGUAUCAAAAACAUGAGACUUCUCAGAAAGAUGAAUCAAAAGGACUUGCUGAUGCAGCAGACAAAAUCGCAAACCUGAUGCGCAAGGAUUAUGAAGGAAUGGAUAGCCCACGCCGCAAUCCACCCAUCAACAAUCAUGAACCUAUGGAUUAA